AUUUAUGUUUUAAAAUUUUGAAGGCGGGAAUAGUAGCAAAUGUAUUUGUUAUUUACGUAAAUUUAUCCUAUACCCAGUUAUUUUUCUAUUAUUGGCAUACAUUAUACGUUGUAACAUAACUUGGUUUUGCAAGUCAAAUGGCACACCGGCAGAAAGACUUAAACAGAGAAUCGUCGUGGUCCAAAUUUUUCAGUAAAUGGAGUAAACGACGCCGGAAGAAAGACGCAGACAGAGAAUUGGCGUGGUCCAAAUUUUUCGAUAGAUGGAGUAAACGGAGUGCAAAAUCAGUGAAUGAAGAUAUUCCUUAUAAAUAUCUUACCGGACAGACUGCAACUCUCGACAAGAGAAAAUUGCGUCCAGUUAGAGGCAGUCAACUUUUUAAAAAAUCGAAAUAUGGAGGCAUUAACAAAUAUAAGGAAGUCCAGAGAAAAGUUCCAAGAAGGAAAUGUCCAAAUGUGGCCACUAAUGACGUUAAUACAGUGGGUGAGAAAUCACUGCAGCAAGUUCAAGAACUUGGGUCCAAAGAUGGGGAUUCAUUAUCAGUUGCAGAUGACCCCGAAUCCAUCAAAUUCCACAAAGAGUCUAUAGUGGACAUCAAUGAGGAACUAAAUACUACCGUAUUUGACCGGUCUCCACACGUAAUUCAGUCACAGCAGAACCACCAAGAUGACCAUGUAUCCAGCAAGUGCCAGAAAGAGUCUCCAGUGGAUGCCAGUGGGAAACCAAAUACUGCCAUUUUUACUUGGUCUCAUCUGCAUGAUACUCAAUCACAACAGAACCAUCAAGAAGGGUAUAAAUAUGAAGAAGACGAGUUAUCCCCUAUUUUCAAAAAGCGCAGACUGCUUGCUCAAUGUAUAAGGAAAUUCGAAAUAGAUACUGCUGAUCAGAAUGUUGACACGCCAGUGAAGAGGAAGAAAGAACCUUCUAAGGGGAGGAGGAAAAGGAUGAUGGUAACGAGUGAGACUGUUUGCAAGCUUGAAAAUGAAGAUACAGCAUCUUUCUCCAAGCCACGAAAAUGCAUGGUUGAUGAACUGGCUACUGUGAAUUGCAGUUUGAAAAAGGAUGUGGCAGUAAGUGUUUCUGUCCCAGAAGCUUCCAAUUUACCGAAACCUCAAGAUCACAAUAAUGGAUGUGAAGAUAAUUUAUUGGCCUCUGUGCAAGGAGAAAUCAUGCUUAAUGAACUGGAUAGACAAAAAUACAGUUUGAGAUCUGAUGUAACUUCAGAUAGUUCUCACUCAAAAGCCUCUAGAACAGCAAAUUUUCAAGAUCAUAGAAAUGGAUUUGAAGAUAAGGUACUGCCCUCAGUGCCCGAAGAGUACAUGCAUAAUGGAUUGGAUGGACCAAAUUCCAGAGUGAAAACUAAUGUAGCUACAAAUAAAUCUGAUUCAAAAAGCUGUAAACUUUCAAAGCCACAUGGUCAUAGAAAUGGAUGUGAAGAUAAGAUACCACCCUCAGUGCCAGGAGAGUGCAUGCAUAAUGGAUUGGAUGGACCAAAUUCGAGUGUGAAAACUAAUGUAUCUACAAAUAAAUCUGAUUCAAAAAGCUGUAAGCUUUCAAAGGCCCAGGAUCAUAGAAAUGGAUGUGAAGAUAAGAUACUGCCCUCAGUGCCAGGAGAAUGCAUGCAUAAUGGAUUGGAUGGACCAAAUUCCAGAGUGAAAACUAAUGUAGCUACAAAUAAAUCUGAUUCAAAAAGCUGUAAGCUUUCAAAGCCACACGAUCAUAGAAAUGGAUGUGAAGAUAAGAUACUGCCCUCAGUGCCAGGAGAAUGCAUGCAUAAUGGAUUGGAUGGACCAAAUUCCAGAGUGAAAACUAAUGUAGCUACAAAUAAGUCUGAUUCAAAAAGCUGUAAGCUUUCAAAGCCACACGAUCAUAGAAAUGGAUGUGAAGAUAAGAUACUGCCCUCAGUGCCAGGAGAAUGCAUGCAUAAUGGAUUGGAUGGACCAAAUUCCAGAGUGAAAACUAAUGUAGCUACAAAUAAGUCUGAUUCAAAAAGCUGUAAGCUUUCAAAGCCACACGAUCAUAGAAAUGGAUGUGAAGAUAAGAUACUGCCCUCAGUGCCAGGAGAAUGCAUGCAUAAUGGAUUGGAUGGACCAAAUUCCAGAGUGAAAACUAAUGUAGCUACAAAUAAGUCUGAUUCAAAAAGCUGUAAGCUUUCAAAGCCACACGGUCACAGAAAUGGAUCUACAGAUAAGGUAUUGCACUCAGUGCCAGGAGAGUGCAUACAUAAUGGACUGGAUGGACCAAAUUCCAGUUUGAAAACUGAUACAGUUACAAAUAGUUCUCACUCACAACACUCUAAACUGUUAAUGUCUCGAGAUUAUACAUAUUAUCGAAAAAGAAUUAAGAAGAAACCUUGGCCGUAUAUUAUAGUGGAAAGUGACACCGAUGAAGACGAAUAAUAAUUCAACAAAAUGUAUGGUGAUAUUCAACUGCUGCUGUCAUUGAAGAAUUGUUGUUUCCAUCCAGUAAUACAAAAGUUGGAUGUGUAUGCCUGUGUGAUAGUUCCAAGACUAAAAAGACUGCAGGAGCUGUGAAAGAGAUUGAAAUCAGUUUUUAAAUGUGGUUUCUGGUGAAGAUCAUUACAAGAAAUCUAUCAAACAUUUCUACCUACUUUGUGAUACCCACAGAAACAAGGACAUAAUGAAUAAUGACACUAGGAACUUCAACUUGAACUUUCUGCUGUUUAAAAAUGAUAAUAUAUUGGAGAAUAAAACAUCAUGUUUAUUUUAUGGUUGUAUAUUGACUUGAUACAGUAUUGUUUUUAAACAUUACCAUUGAAUGACUUUUAAUUGAAAAAUAAAAUCUCAGUUAUAUGAAAGAAUAGUUCUUUAAGUUAACAGUUGGCAUACCGUUCACUUAAAUAAUAUGACAGCAUCUGAUUUUGCUUAUCAGUACUUGACAUAUUCAGAUUAUAUUUGAGUGUGUGAUAAUCACAGGAAAGCCAAACUGUAGAUGCAAAAAACCUGUUACCUGUGACUUUGUUGCUUUUACUAACAUGUGUUCACUGCUGCAAAACUAGACUUCAUAAUAGGCUUGUGAACAUGCACAUUUAUAAGUGUCACACUGGUUUGUUGGUUGUGGAAGUGGUUACAAGAGUCAGCUACUCUGGACUAGUGGACUUGUUUUUGGACUUGUGUUGACAUUUAUAAGUACCAGCUGCAACGAAUGUCCUAAAAUGUUUGUCUAGAGAUGACCAAUCUUCCGUCCACAAUUUUUUACUUAAUUCUGAAAUAUUAUAUAUGUAUAGUACUUAAUUUUGAAACAUUUGUACCAUCAAUAUUAGGCUCACCAAGGCAUGUAUAGUUUAUAAACUUAUAAUUUUUCAACUACAAAACAGCAACAUAUGCCAGUGACAUCUGCUUAUCAUUGCAGAUAUCUUAUUUUAUAAAAGUUUUACAUGUACAUUAACAUUUCUCCAUGUGGUGUAAUUUUUAGUAUUUCCAAUAUGUAUAUAUUGGAUUUUUAUGUCCUUUUGCAAGAAGUUUUAUUUUAGUUGUAGUUUCUUAGUUUAAAGUAUAACAAGCAAAUAAUAAAUUGCUUGAAAGACA